AGGAAAUCCCGAUUCCCCCAAAACAAUUUUGCCGAUAAAAUCUCCUGAUUUUCCGUUUCAGCCGAGAAAAAAAGAAGGCAGAAGGAAGAGAUGGAUUCUCGACGUAACCCUCGCACCGUGAUCGACCCAAAGGUCCGGCAAGUCGGGUUUUUCGCCCCUUCUCAGUCGGGUCGACCCGACCCGGCUCCUCUUCCCGAUCCUUUCUCCUCCUCCGACACCGCCGUCGCUUCUUCCCCUCCGGUCUCCGGCAUUUCUCCAUCCGGUAACUCCCUCUCCCCGGUCAUGAUCCCUCCUCCUCGCCAUAACUCCUCCGAUGUCUUCAUUGUCCGCUCCGCCGCUUCCGUCGUCACACCCACUUCGUUCUCUUACACCAGCCGCGGCGAAUUCCCCGAUGACUCGUCCUCGGCGGUUGCGGCGUCUCCCGGUGGUCGCGUCUCCAGGGCCAGUUUCGGUAAAUCCGUCUCCGGAGCUGCUGCCGCGUCUUCCUUUCCCGGCGUCGGGAUUGAUUCCAUGGCUGCAGCGAAGUCCAGUAGUGUUCCUGCUAGUGGGUUAACCACUGUUUCCGUUGUGAAUUUGCCUCCUGGAAUCUCUGAGAAGGCGAGUAGAGUUGAGGUGCAGAGUGAACGAGGGAAGAAUUCGAAGCCAUUGAAGGAGAAGACCACCAAAGCUGAAAGGAGAGCCAUUCAAGAAGCUCAAAGAGCUGCUAAAGCAGCUGCAAAAGCUGAAGGAGGUAAGGCACCUCCUGUGAAUUCUGGCUCGGUGGCUGCAACAAACGUGAAACCUGCUAAACCCACAAAGCCUUCUUCUCAGAAGAAUGACGGUGCUGUUGCAGCUGGUGCCUCUGAGAAGAAGGGUGGCCCACCAGAGAAGGAGAGAAAGAAAGAUGCUCCUCAUCCACGCAUGCAGUAUGAUGAUGAGAGCCGGGUCGAAAAGGCGAAAAAACGAUCUGUUGUGAAACAGACCGAAGCUAGAAACAGGGUUGAACUAUUCAGGCAUUUGCCCCAGUAUGAGCAUGAUACUCAGCUUCCUGAUCUGGAGUCCAAGUUUUUCCAACUUGAGCCUAUGCAUCCUGCUGUCUACAAGGUUGGACUUCUGUAUCUAUCUGGUGAUGUAUGUGGUGGAAAUGCCCGAUGUAUCGCAAUGCUCUUAGCGUUCCAAGACGUCAUCAAAGAUUAUUCAACACCACCUGAGAAGACGCUUAACAGGGACAUGACUGCCAAAUUAAGUAGCUAUGUAUCUUUUCUCAUAGAAUGCCGCCCACUUUCAAUCAGCAUGGGUAAUGCUAUCCGAUUUCUGAAGAACAGGAUCUUGAAGCUGCCUCUCACACUGUCUGAAUCCGAAGCAAAGUCAGCUCUUCUUGCAGAUAUUGAUCGCUUCAUUAACGAGAAGAUCAUUGUUGCAGAUAAGGUGAUAGUCAAACACGCUGUCACAAAAAUAAGAGAUGGUGAUGUCCUUCUCACCUAUGGGUCACCUACAGCUGUUGAGAUGGUAUUAUCGCAUGCCCAUGAGCUGGGGAAAAAGUUCCGUGUCGUGGUGGUGGAUUCCCGUCCAAUGCUCGAAGGCCAGCUGCUGCUUCGUAGAUUGGUCAGGCAAGGCAUCAACUGUACAUACACCCAUAUAAACGCCAUCUCAUAUAUCAUGCAUGAGGUCACAAAAGUGUUCCUAGGGGCUUCUUCAGUUCUGUCAAAUGGAACAGUUUAUUCACGGGUCGGGACUGCUUGUGUUGCAAUGGUUGCUCAUGCAUUCCGUGUCCCUGUUCUCGUUUGUUGCGAAGCGUACAAGUUCCAUGAGAGGGUGCAGCUCGAUUCCAUAUGUUCCAAUGAGCUCGGAGAUCCAUACGCUAUUUCAAAAGUCCGAGGAAGAGAAGACAUUAACUACUUGGAUGGUUUGACCAACAAUGCUAACCUGCAGUUUUUGAACUUGAUGUAUGAUGCGACUCCGUCAGACUACAUAUCCAUGAUAAUCACAGACUAUGGCAUGGUACCGCCAACAAGCGUACCCGUCAUCGUAAGAGAAUAUCAGAAGGACCACGUACUGGUCUAAGCACAAAUCUUCAUCCAAUCCAACAUGAACAACCCAACCAUGAAGAACCCUUCUCCAGAAAUUUUGCCUCCGCGUCGACGACGGUGAAGUCUCUUGCCCCUCGGGUUUUUCCCAUCUAGAAGAAUAAUGGUCGCUACUGGCUUGUUCUUCGCUCUCUUAUUUUCCCCCGAGUGUACGGGAUCCCUUUUUUUUUUCCUCUUACAAUGGUGACAAUGUUUUGAAACACUGACUCUGUGAAGAGUGCGAUUCUUGGACCGCCUCUCCGGGCAGAUUUUUAUGUCUCUGGUAGCGUUUUUGUCUUUGUAUUCGAAUGUUAUGAGAGAGCUUUUGAUUCUGAUUGCGUUUUGUUUUCCAUUUUUUUUGCCCCCUCUCCAUGGAGGUUGAUGA